CAGAAAGCUCUGGAAGGUGUGCGCAAGUUCUCGUGUUAUCCUGGAUGUUGUAGAAGCCUAGAUUGUUCCUGAAUGUUCGGGAAAAAAUUGUAGAUCUUGGGAGAAGAUUCUUCCGAGUGGUUUAUAAGCGCCGCAGAAGUAAACUCUGGUCAUUCAGUUUCCAGAGAAGCGAAGGAAAGUUAUCCAGACUGAGAAAAGAACCAGAGCGACUGUAACGUUUAUACUGACAACAUGCCAGGCAAACAAGCACGCGGACCGGCUAUCGGGAUCGACCUCGGCACCACCUACUCGUGUGUCGGAGUGUUCCAGCAGGGGAAGGCGGAGAUCAUCGCUAACGACCAGGGGAACAGGACAACCCCCAGCUACGUGGCGUUCACCGACAGCGAGAGACUCAUCGGAGAUGGCGCCAAACAACAAGUCGCUAGGAAUCCCAAGAACACCAUCUUCGACGCCAAGCGGCUGAUCGGGCGGCGGUUCGACGACCCGACCGUGCAGGGGGACAUGAAGCACUGGCCCUUCAAGGUCGUCAGCAGGAACGACAAACCUGCGCUGGAGGUGGAGUACCAGGGAGAAGUCAAGACGCUCCAGCCGGAGGAGGUCAGCUCCAUGGUGCUGACUAAGAUGAAGGAGACGGCGGAGGCUUACCUGGGCCAGCCCGUCCGAGACGCCGUCAUCACCGUCCCCGCUUACUUUAACGACUCGCAGCGCCAGGCUACCAAAGACGCCGGCUUGAUCGCCGGGCUGAACGUGCUGAGGAUCAUCAACGAACCGACGGCAGCCGCGCUGGCUUAUGGGCUGGACAAGAACCUGAGCGGGGAGAAGAACGUCCUGAUCUACGACCUGGGCGGCGGGACGUUCGACGUGUCCAUCCUGACCAUCGACGAGGGGCAGCUGUUCGAGGUGCGCGCCACGGCCGGCGACACCCACCUGGGAGGGGAAGACUUCGACAACAGAGUCGUCAACCACUUCGUCGACGAGUUCAAGCGCAAGUACAAGAAGGACUUGCGGUCCAACCCGCGGGCCAUCCGCCGGCUGAGAACGGCGUGCGAGCGGGCCAAGAGGACGCUGUCGUCCAGCACAGAGGCAGUCAUCGAGAUCGACUCUCUGCACGAAGGGAUCGACUUCAACUCCAAACUGUCCCGGGCCAGGUUUGAGGAGCUGUGUGCUGACCUGUUCCGUGGCACUCUGGAGCCCGUGGAGAAGGCCCUCCGCGACGCCAAGAUGGACAAGUCCAAGAUCCACGAGGUCGUCUUAGUCGGAGGCUCCACCCGCAUUCCCAAGAUCCAGAAGCUCCUCCAAGGUUUCUUCAACGGCAAGGAGCUGAACAAGUCCAUCAACCCUGACGAGGCCGUGGCGUACGGAGCCGCCGUGCAGGCAGCCAUCCUGUCCGGCGUGGAGGACGACGGGAUCAAGGACGUCCUUCUGGUGGACGUCGCGCCUCUCUCGCUGGGUAUUGAGACGGCGGGCGGCGUCAUGACGAAGCUGGUGGAACGGAACACGCGCAUCCCCUACAAAACGGGCCAGACCUUCACCACGUACAGCGACAACCAGCCAGGCGUCACCAUCCAGGUGUACGAGGGCGAGCGCGCCAUGACCAGGGACAACAACAGACUGGGCCUGUUCGAACUGAGCGGUUUCCCGCCGGCCCCUCGCGGCGUGCCGCAGAUCGACGUGUCCUUCGACAUCGACGCCAACGGAAUCCUCCAGGUCUCCGCCGUGGAGAAGAGCACGGGGCGCAGCAACAAAAUCACCAUCACCAACGAGAAGGGGCGGCUGUCGAAAGAAGACAUCGAGCGGAUGGUGGCUGACGCGGAGAAGCACAAAGAGCAGGACGCGGCGGCACGGCAGCGGGCAGACGCACGGAACGGGCUGGAGAGUUACCUCUUCGGCCUCCGCUCCACCGUCAACAACCCUGACGUGUCCGGUAAGCUGUCCCAGGCCGACAGGGACGCCGUGCUGAACAAGUGUGAGGAGGUGAUGAAGUGGCUGGACAUGAACACGCUGGCGGAGAAAGAGGAGUUCGAGGAGCAGCAGAAGGAACUGGAGAAGGUGUGUGCUCCCAUCAUGACCAAACUGCACAGCGCCGCCGCCGGGGGACAACAGGACGGAGCCGGGACACAGGGACCUACUAUCAACGAGGUGGACUGAAAACAAACUGUGUGGACUAAAGUGUAUAAAGUAUAAAGUAAUUACGUGCAUUAGAGACACUAGGCUAAAUGAGUCAGCGCUCGUUUCGUGCACGUACAUGUAUAUUUGUUACGAAUGAUAAUUAUAGAAAGUUUAAUGUUGCAGUAGCGUUCAUACUUUUAUAAUGCAAACUUUCGCUGUGAAACGAAUUUGAAGCUCCAAGUCAAUAUGAUGCGAUCUGAGUUGAUGGUAUAACCUUUGAAUACUUGCAGAAUAAAAUACCCUCAACGUACAGCUUGAUCAAUUUAUUCAAAGUGAAUGAAAAGAUGUAUGUAGAGCUUGGAAAAUGUAAAUGCACAUGGAGCCUUCAUAACAUCAUAUAUAUAUAUAUAGUUCGACAUAGACAUUCGGCAUUGACUUGUCCAACAAAUCGUUUGCUUAAUUGUGAACAGUGUAGAUACAUAUUUCGAAAAUACUGUUGGUAUGUAUAUAUAGCAAUACAUAGGACUCUGCAUAGGCAUUAGGUACCUGUUUUAGGUUUACUAGUACAAAUAAAGAUUCAAACGUCACUGCAAAUUGAGAUUAUUGUGUGUUCUCCAGACAUUCAAAGAACAAUACCAGGUUCUGAUUACGAUACAGAUUGCAAAUUAUAGGUACCAAUACACAUACGCAAUUCCUAACUUAUUACAUAAUUAUAUGUACUAGUAACAAAAAAAGGAUAGAAAUGAACAUUUUAAUGAGGCCUGCCAUCCCCAUUCAAAAAAAAGGUUAUGCAACUAGUACUCCGACAGACUGGCGCAUACAUAUUGCCAUAAUUCUAUUUUAUUCAAAAUCUGAAAAUACAUACGGUCUGCUCUGUUCAUUCUUACUCAAACACAUUCACAUAUAUGG